AUGGGUUGUUUCAACAGUGAUUCUUCUACCAUGUAUAAAGGUUCCUUCUCUUAUAAAAAUAAUAACAUUUUUGUUGUUAAUAUUGACGACAACAACGUCCAAUACCAAGCAAGAGUCGAGAAGAUAAAUCAAAAUGUUGCACGAAUAUACUUUGUAAACAACAACGGUAUUGAAAUUCCCAUUCCAGCUUGCGUAAGUCUUAGGGACACUACCAAUAACGAAGAUGUAAAUCCGUACGGUGAAGAUUUCUUGAUCGCUUGGACUUCCAACUAUACAUUUUUUCUGAAUUCUGUCGAACUUUUUAGAUUAGAAAAUCAAAAACAGCAAGCUGUUAUGGGCACACAAGAUGUUACAACAUUUGUGAUUCAGCAAUGA